AUGCCAGCAGAUCCUGGAAACAACAAGUUGGUGCCUCCUUACACCAAUCCAGAUACAAUUGUCUUUCAACAUUCACAGAUGGAUGAAGGAAAUGGAAAAGAAGAACUCUACAAAAGUCGCCAUGGGAAUGCAGGUAUCAACGCUGCAACAUCAACUGUCGUUCCCAGGCAAGUUUCAUUAGAGGGAUUUACUAACGCCCUAUCGAAUAUAAAUAACUCGUCAACCAACGAAGAAUCUAAAGAAAAUGAUCCACCCUCAAUUACCUCAUAUAAGAGCGCCAACAAGACGAGAGUGGCAAACAAAGUCUCAGAAACUCCUUCCUCUCGAACCAGUUUUGUAUACAAACCUUUUGACUAUACGCUCCAUGGCCUUACGGAUUUUGAAGAAUCGACCGUUUGUUCAGGGAAAGAAGACAUAUCAGAAUCUAAAGUUGACACUUCCUCUUUUAUUAAAUUAAAUGCUACUUUCGAUAUCACAACUAAAAAAAGUUCAAAAUUAUCUGUAAAUGCCAAGGCACAUCCCAGUGCCGAUCCGAUCAAAAGUCCUGGAACUUCCCAGUCAGAAAAUUGGGAUGCUACUCUAGAAAGAAACGCCGAUCUAGCUGAAUUAUUUUGCUCCACUAUGAGUAACCCAGAGAACAUGGUUCCCGCAUUUCUAGUAGAUGCUUCUGAAUUCAGCAAUUCAGACUCUAUUAGGGAAAAUAGUUACAUAAAAAGUUCGGGAAAUCCUACUAAAAACACUGAAGGGCUUAAGUCAAUUGAUGAUAAGGGGAUCGAUGGCGAUAUAUUGCUGGACUCCAAGGUAAAUAGCUUUAAAGAUAAGACCUCAGAUUUGGGAAAUGUCGAAAGAGAUCCGUUUAAUUAUCCAGCUAAUAAAGGAAACCCCAAAGAAUUAACGGAAACUGUUGGUAAAGAUAAACGUAACCAGAAAUUUCAGAAGAAUGAAUCGAACACACUUUUGGAAUCUGGAAAACUAUCUAAAAAUACCACAUUGGAAGACAUUGACUGUUCUGCUAACAACGCCUUAGAUUCAAAGGCUUUCAAAAAGAGCAAGGAUGCGAUGAACUGUCAAGGACAAAAUAGUGGGGACACCAAAAGCAGUCCCAAUGGUCUUAAAAAGACCUCAGCCAAAGGGAAACACAAUGACACAUUAGAAUCUGGGGAGUUAUCCGAAACUAGCAAUCAACCGUCAGAUGUGGAAUAUGGCGAACUAUCUGACGAAGAUGAUGCACCAAACGAUAUGCCGCAAGAAAAGUCGUUAUGCCAGGUUAGGAAUAUAAUUUAUAAAGGAAAAGGUACCUUAGAGGAUAUCGAAAGGAGCAAUAUGCUCGAGCCCGGUGAGUUAAGCGAGGACUCAACUUUGGAAGAGCGUCGAGAUCGUCUUCGAUUUGAUGAUCUGGAAGAUGGUGAAGUAUCCGGCGAUGAUGUGGAAGUCCCAAGGAAUGUGACCGAAGAAGAGGAUAGUGACACGCCAAUCUGUCGUUUUCACGUCACUAACACCUGCCACUGGGGCAAAAUGUGUCGCUUCCGUCAUCCAAAGGCGACCAACAAGGGCAAAAAUGUUAUGCUUCAAAAUAAGAUUUUGGUCUCAACAGAACUAGCUUGGCCAGCGUAUAUCGUACCCAGUGGCCACGCCUUCGAAAUGACACUAGGGGAAAAACUGAGGCGGAAGCCACGCAGCCCGGGCUUGAACGACAUGGACAACGAUCCCUAUUACUCGCCGAACCAGACAGAGGUGCAGGAUCGCAGUCCUCUGCUGCCCACACCCACAUUCAGAGAACUCUUGAUGGCGCAGAAGUAUCCGAAGUCGCGUUCGGAACACCGUUCAGCGCAGAAGCUUCCGACUUCCUCGAAACCAAAGCCCAUAAUGUGGGAGAGUCGCCUAAGCAGUAGUUCACCCUCUACGACUAUGCAGGAGUCACCCUUGAGCUCUCCUCCCUUAAGGACGCCCAGGUACACCAAGCAUAUACGUUCGGCUAAUCGGGCAACAGAAGCGCCUUCAAAGCCGUGCAAGUGCUCCAUUAAACGGCAUCGUUCUCCAAGCCCUCCAAGGUCCUCUUACAGAAACAAAAGAGGUCCGCCACGCGGUCCGACUAUCUGUUCCACCGUCGUACGUCCUGAACCGAAACGUUUCAGAGACAGCACUAGUCCCGAUUUUAGUGACUCCUCUGAUUCGUCUAGCUAUAAAUCAACCACCGAAAGCUCGGAGGAGUUCUUGUCUUCAUCUGAAUCAGAUACCAGAAACAGGCGACGUAGGAAACCCAGCUCACGGUCAUUCAGAACAUUGGAAAAAUAUCCAUCAAGAAAUGAGGAAAAGCAUUUCUCGCGCACACUAAAAUCUUCGAAUUAUUCAGAAAAUUGUACUCCAAGACGUCGAUCAAACUCUCGAAAGCGGUUUUCCUCAUGUACUCCGGCUCAAAAUCGGUUGCAAGUUAUUCCCAGUGCCCCCAAGAAGUGCAGAAGCCCCUUGGAUAGUUCCUACAAAAGGAUAAGAUCUCGACAGAAGUACUUGCUGAUGAAAAUCCUACGAGUGGAGGAGCAAAUCGCUGAGAAGAAGAGGCAGCGAAGGAAGGCUUUUUAAUCAUAAUCACUUCAAAUAAGGCUCUCUAAUAAACUCAAGUUUAUGAUAUUAACGUUAAA